AUGCUGAGAUUCUAUGCUCGAGGUAUUCUGAAAAGGUAUGGAAGCACAGCAGGUUAUGCUCAUGGUGCAGCUGCUACGAAGAAACUCGCAAAGAACAGAGUGCAGGAUAUCCCGUCACCAAAAAUCCUUAAGAGCUAUCUCGAUGAGUAUGUGAUUGGUCAGGAAACGGGUAAGAAAGUGCUAAGUGUUGCAGUGUACAACCACUAUUUGAGAAAUCUGGACAAGAAGAGAAAAGCUGAGCUUCAAGAGCAGAAGAGAAUACUUGAGGAGGAAAGUCUGAGAGACGACGAGGAGCCCCUUUACUCUAGUAGCUCCGAGUCGUCGGUUGGGCUGAAGAAUUUACAGCAGCAAUACGAUUCGAUCUCGGCGAGAAGUGACGAUGACUUGGAAUUAGGUAAAAGCAACAUUUUAGUCAUUGGACCUUCUGGAUCUGGUAAGACUCUUUUGGCGUCCACGUUGGCAAGGUUCUUAGACGUUCCUAUUGCAAUCACGGAUUGCACGCAGAUGACCCAGGCCGGCUACAUAGGCGAAGAUGUUCAGGUUUGCAUCGAGAGACUACUGGUCAACGCUGAGUUCGACGUGGCAAAAGCGGAAAAUGGUAUAAUCGUCCUGGAUGAAAUAGAUAAGCUUGCCAAGCCUGCUGCCAGCAUUGGCACCAAGGAUGUUUCUGGAGAGGGAGUGCAGCAGUCGCUCCUAAAAAUAAUCGAAGGCCAUAAGGUAGAAAUCAAUGUAAAGCGGCCACUAAAGGCUGGUACAGACAACAAAAACAACCAGACAACUGCUAAAAAGGAUGAAACAUUCAUAAUUGACACGUCUAACAUCCUGUUUAUGAUAAUGGGGGCGUUUGUAGGCCUGGAUAAACAUGUGGUCAAGAGAAUCAAAGGCCUUCGUCAAUCGAAGGAAGAGCAAGAAGACGAUGUCCAAAAGCUUAGAUUCAGCAAUACAAUAGAGGAAAUAGACUUAGGAAAUGGAAAGAAGGUAUCUGCUUUGAGCUUGGUGACCCCAACCGACCUUGUGAGUUUUGGGUUAAUACCAGAGUUAAUCGGGAGAGUCCCUAUUGUGACUGCAUUAGAGCCCUUACAACAAAAGGAUCUUUAUCAAAUUUUAAAAGAACCGAAAAAUGCUAUCCUGGAUCAGUAUGAAUACAUUUUUGAACAGUUUAACGUUAAAUUAAGCGUAACCAGAAAAGCACUCGAAAAAGUUGCGCAAUUGGCGUUGAAGGAGGGUACUGGUGCCAGAGGUUUGCGGGGAAUCAUGGAGAGAUUACUGCUUGAUGUCAACUACCAUUGCCCGGGCUCUGGAAUCUCUUACGUUUUGAUCGAUGAAGAAACAGUAAAAUCUUUACAACAAACAGAACACUCGUUAGCGACUCAUGUAAACGCAAAGUAUUAUUCCAGAGGUCAGUUGGAUGAUUUCAUUCUUGAUGCUGGAAGGGAAGAUGUAGAAUUGGCUCAGGAAUUAGAUGAAGAGUUCGGGAGAUUAUCUACCAGAAAGAAGGAAGGCUGUAUUAAAUAA